UCUAAUUCAUUGAUGUUUUUCAAGUAAAAUUUGAAGAUGAUUUAAGUUUCGGUCGAUUUUUUGGAUUUGGUUAACAGCCAAAAUUUGAUAAUUUGUUGAAGAAAGAGAAUUUGACAAUAGAGUGUAUUUUUAAUGAAGAUGAUAUUCUCCAAGAAUUGAAAGGAACAAGUUCUUCUAAAUUUGCUGAUUUGUAUAAAAUCUAUUUGAUUUUAGUUUAAUAUAACAUCCCUAAGAAUAUCAAAAGAUGAUCAAUUUUAUAGUUGAAGAGAUUCCUGAUUAAUUAACAGAAAGAAAUAGAUGUGUGAAGUAUAAAUAUAUUUGAUAGUUUUAAGAUAUCCAUUUUAUGGAAGUGAGAUAUUAGGAUCUGAAAAUGAAAAAUUAAUAAACUUUUUAUUUGAUAAACCAUAACUAGAAGAUGUAAAAAAUCCAAUUGAAGAUGAAGAGACAGAAUAAAUAGAAUCAUAAGAAUAAAAUAAUAAUAUUUAAGAAAAUGAGAUAAUUAGAGCUCAUUUAUUGGAGAAUUUAUUGAAAUUGCUUGAAAAUGAUGCUAUAAUAGUAACAACAGCAGGAUAUUUUUCAAAAGUUGUUAAUGCAAUAAUAAAUAAAAAAGGACAUAGUGUAUAUAAAUAUUUAAUUAUAAUAAGUUUUGGGAACAUUUAAAACAUUAUCCAGAUAUUAUUUCAAACUUAUUUAAACAUGCUUAUCUUAAACAUAUAGUAGAUAUAUUUGAGAAAUUAAUUUUAUUAGAAGAUAAUUUUGACUAAUCAAUUGAAUAUAUGAAUGAAAGAUCAAGUUUAUUAUAAAGAUUGGUAGUAUAUCUAAAAGGGAAAUAACAUUCUUAAGUGAUAGUUGGAAAUAUUUGUGAAUUAUUUGUGGAAUUGUAUAAAAAGUCUAUCAAUUAAUUUGAUACAUAAAAUUAAGAAAUAAAAAAUAUGUUAGCAUAAUUUACAGUUACAACAACGCCAUUAUUUUUUAUGAAUAUAGCAUUAGCUACAUAAUAGAGUGUUGUUUAUAAUGUUUUAAAUGUUUAAUUUGAAUUUCUAAAUAAAUUUUAUUUAUUAGAUUAAAACCAUGAUGUUAAUAUAAAUUUAAUUUAAUUAUACAAACCAGUAAUAUAAUUGUUUGAAAAAGCAUUAAGUUAAGUAGAUAGUUUCAGGAUUCCAUUUGUUUUAUCUAAUGGAACUGAAGUAUAUCCAUUGGGAGAUGCAAAAUUACUUAUAAUUUAAUUAAUUGUUUCAUUAAUUAAUAAAUCAGAAUUUCAUUCAUUUUUUACUGCUGAAUUAUUUUCUAAGGUAAUUGACUUAGUCAAAUUACAUCCUAAUAAUAAUUAAUUACAUUUAUUAUUUGAGAGAUUGAUAAUGUCUAUAGUAGAAACUUCUGAUGAAUAUUUACAUAAAUUAAUUUUUGAAGAUACAAAUCUUUUGUUAUUUAUAAUAUAAAACAAUGAUGAAAAAGCUAGAUAAAAUAAAUUUGGAUUUUAAGGAGUUUUGACAAGAUUGACAAAUUAUUUAGAUAAGAAUAAAAAUAAGUCAAAUUCUUUUUAAACAAUUUUAGAGUUAUGUAUAAAAUUAUUAUGAAUAAUAGUGUCAACCAUAUAAAUAGAUUGGGAUGAAUAUAUAAAGGGAUUAGCAAAUGUUAAUAAAGUUGAAUAAGAAUGGAUAUUAGGAAUAAAUCCUAGAUAAAAAGAAUCAAAAAUAAUAGAAGAAUUAAUAAGUCCAAAUAUUAAAGAAGAAACUUAAGAAUAAAAUCAUGCUAUCUAAGGAAUCAGAAAAUGUAUUAGUUCUGAUGAUAAUGAUGUUGUAUAACCUAAAGAUGUAGAUCCAGAAGUAGCGGAAAUAGAAGAAGAUAUUUAAUAAGAUUCUGAAGAAAAACUAAAUGAAGACAUAACAGAAUAAUAAUAAUAAUAAUAAUAAUAAUAAUAAUAAUAAUAAUAAUAAUAAUAAUAAUAAUAAUAAUAAUAAUAAUAAUAAUAAUAAUAAGAAUCUGAUAAAAUUAAUUAAGUUUAAGAAGUACCUGAAAAUGAUAAUGAUAAUUAGGAAAUUAAUUUGGAGGAUGCUUAAAAUUAUGAGGAAGCUUUAAUAUUAGAUCAUUAAAUUGUUAGAGAAUAAAUAAAUCAAUAAAAUUCAGAUGAUCAUGUUAAUAAUCAAGAAAUCUAAUAAGAAUAAUAAUAAUAAAAUGAAAUCAAUAUAUAACAAGAAGAAUAGUUGAAAAUAAACGAAUAAGAUUAAAAAGACACUUAAGAAAUCAUCAAUAAAAAUUCUGAAUUAAUAAAUGAAGAAGAUAUUGAAAAAGAAGAAAUAUAAGAAGAAAUUGUUUAAUCUUAAGAGGACGAUCAACUUAUUAAGUAGGAUGAAGAUAUAUUAACAAAGGAACAGGAAGAUUAAGUUAUUAAGGAAAAGGAAGAUUAAGUUUUAAAGGAAUAGGAAGAUUAACUUAAUUAAAAAGAAAAAGAUUAAUCUAUUAAAUAGAAUGAUGAAUAACCUAAUAAAUAAGAUGACAAUUAAUAUAUUAAAUAGGAAGAGGAAUAAUAAAAUAAACAAAUUGAAUAAGAAGCAUAACAUUAAUAAGAACCUAAUCAAAUAGAAUGA